GAUUUUACUCUAUGAUACAGUGUUGUAUUAUUAUUGUUUUUGUUAACCUCAAUAAUUUAUUUAAUCAUAAUUAUAGAAUUCUGUUAAGUAGACGGUAUGGAUUUUACUCAAAGACCUGAAAUAUUUUAUAGAAUAUGACUCCAAAAUAUAAUACUUUUAGACAGUUGAUAUAGGUUCAAAGAACAAUUCAAGAACAUUAAAGAUGGCUUCAUUAAUAAACCAGCAAAUGUAUCCUCCAAGUCAUAAAACUGUAUUUGUUUUGGAUCAUACACCUUAUUUUGGGAUCUCAAGUGAAGAGUUAUUAGAGUUUGACUUUACAAAAGCACGUGGGCCUGGUUUUAUACCUCUGGCACCUAUAGUAAAGUCAUUAUGGACAUGUAUAGUCGAAGCAGCACUGGAAUACUGCAGAGCUGUUUGGGAUAUUUUUCCUCAACACAACAAACUUAUCAGAUUUGUUGUAAGUGACACCCAAGCUCAUGCUUUGAAUGAAUGGAAUACUACACAACAAAAUACAGGUUUUCUGCUGAAUGCACUGUCAUCUGUGGGAAUUCCCCCAAGAGCAGGUGGAGGUGACUUCUCCAUCAUACAUGGGCUACAACGAGCCGUACAGGCCAUGUGCGAAUGUUCCGAGGCUCAGCAUGAGAAACGUACUGCUCUCAAUGAAAAUGCCACCAAGGUAUUAAAUCGGGGCAGAGUGAUCUGUCUAACUUCUGCUCGAGAUAAUGCUUCAAUAAAAAGUCUGGAAGAGAUCUUCCAAAGUGAACUGGUUCAAGCCAACAAAGUAGCAGCUGCUUCUGAUCAUCUGAUCCCAGUUCACCACUGCCAUCUUGUGAUCAUCAAUGUGUUUCCCAAUAAUUUGGACGCUGUCGCUGUCACUCCUCAUCCUGUCAUCAAUGUUUCUAACAUGUUGAGUGCAGAAGUUCACUGUGCUAAGGCAGCAGGGCAAGUAGCAAGCAGGCUGUCUCACCUCAUACUUUCGCAUUAUGACUUAGCAUCUACUACAGUCACAGGAAUACCUAUGAAAGAAGAGCAGAAUGCUAGCUCUAGUGCUAAUUACGAUGUUGAGAUUUUUCAUUCUUCUCAAGCACAUACUACACUCUUGGGAAACGCUGCUGAUACUGCUAUAGUGAAAACACAAAAGGAAGGUGCAGAUUAUGAGACGGUAACUCUUAAGUGGUGUACCCCUCGGGGUAUGUCGCCCUCCGAGGUUCACAACUGCACUUCAAUGUUUAGAAUUACACCUGUUGACGUUAACAGCCGGCCAUCGUCUUGUUUAAUUAACUUCUUGCUGAAUGGACGCUCCGUGAUGCUGGAGAUGGUGCGGAGAGGUGGAGGUAAGGUGAUGUCUCACCUCCUGGCAGCUCAUGGAGGAGAGAUCUUCAUUCACAGUCUGGGCACUGGCCGCAGCAUCUUGGAGGAUCCUCCGUCCAUUAGUGAGGGCUGUGGUGGCCGUGUUACCGAUUACAGGAUCACUGAUUUUGGCGUUUUUAUGCAACAAAAUAAAAUUGUGCCAAUAAGGAGAAAAGAAAAAGGAUCUGUCAUGUCACCAAAUGCAAUGGUGAAAGCCAGGUUGGAGAAACUGACAAAAUACUGGCCCAUUACCAUAUCGUCAACAUGCAUAUUUAACUUCAAACAGUAUACAGAGCCUCUCCUGAGCCUGAUGGUCAAGGAUACACUGACAGAGGAGGAAGUGGUCCAGUGUAAACAGUGUAUCUAUUCCCUCAUAGGUUUGGAGGCUAAACAUGAACCUCUGCAAACACCAAACGUUGGCCAAAGAGGAAAAGGUCCUAAAAGAGAGGAGCAAUACAGACAAAUGUGGACAGAAUUGGAAACAUAUCUAAGAGCUUACGGUCAAACUGAACAACACACUAAGGUACUGCACUGUCUCCUGGAGUGUAGAAACAAAGAUGAUGACAAAAUCAAAGUGGAAAAGGUUGAAACGAAUCAUGUACUUAGAGAAAUUGAGAUUAGCAAGGAUUCAUCAUGUUCAAGAUCAGGCACACCAACUCUGAUAGAACGGGCAAGUGUUAUUAGAGCAACAACUGACUCACCUCUCUCUCCUCCUCUCCAGUCAUCGAGAGCAAAACCUUAUCCUAGGAAUCUUCUUGAGAUCUGGAUAGCAAGAAAUACAAAACCAAAGAGGCCAGACUUCGCUGGACGUUUGAGUGCAGAACCUUUAGGCAAUAGAGGAAGUAUUGCACGACUUUAUCCGAAUCUGAAAAGUGAAUCAAACACUUCUGGUCCUUCUGCAAUGGAGACAAAUUAACUUUUUUGUACAAUUUUGUAAAUAAAUAAAUAAUGAUCAUAAGCCUUUUGUAAGAAGAUAUUUUUCUGAUUAUCUAUUUUUAUCAGUUCUGUUCAAUGUGAUUUUUAUAUAUAUUGUAGAGGAAAAUACAACUGUAAUUGUUACAAAAUCAAGGUAAAAGUGUCGAGUGUUCUAGACUAGUUCUUGUAUUAUAUUACAACGACUGAUAAUUUAAAAGUUUACUAAAACCUCAAAGUAAUGGUUUAUAACGUGUCUUUCACUUAGGUGUUUAUACACAUUAUUGUACAGUUUAAAAAUAUUACAGAAUUAUUAAAUUGAUUGCAUCAAA